UUCUUUGCACCGGAAGUGAUUGUGGGUCACCUUAUGUUUCAGUAGAAGUAAAAAGGGUUCUGAAGAACGGAUUCAACGAGCCAUCAUGUGGUAUGAAAUUUUACCUGGUCUCGCUGUGAUGACAGUGUGUUUGACUAUACCAGGGUUGUCGACAAUGUUCAUCCAUAAGUUGACAAACGGUUGGAAGGAAAAAAGAGUUGCACAAAUUCCCUACCAAUGGUAUAUGAUGGAACGUGACAAGAGGGUGUCUGGGGAGAAUAAGUAUUACAAAUCAAAGGGACUUGAAAACAUUCACUGAGUACAUCAGAAAUCAAGGGACCUAAGACAUCUCAAAUAUUAUCUGCAGAUAUUUUGCAUACUGUAAAUUAAUAAAAUUGUAUUAAGAUGCUUUA